AUGGUAAAAAGGAGACAUCCACUUCACUGUACCUAUUGUACAGUCCUCAGGACGGUUUCAGAAAUUCCACCUUCAUCAUCCACCACCAAGAGUCUACAAAAGGGUAACCAAUACGUUCAGCUUAUUCGUUCAUGUAAAGACUUGAGGUCUCUGUUUCAAAUCCAUGGUCAUUUGAUCGUGUCAGGCGUCCAACAUGAUCAUUCCAUUAUUGCUGAUCUAAUCAAUGCCUACUCUCUGUUUCGCCAAUGUGGUUUGGCUCGAACAAUAUUUGAUUCUAUGGCAAACCCAACUGUGAUUCUAUGGAAUUCAAUCAUUAGAGCUUAUACUAAGUUCAAUCAAUUCCAGGAAGCAAUAAGAAUGUAUCAUAGCAUGCUAGAAAAUGGGCUCGAACCAGAUAAAUAUACAUUUACCUUUGUUUUGAAAGCGUGUACUGGCGCUCUAGAUUUCCACGAGGGAGUUGCAGUUCACCAAGAAAUAGCAUCUAGGCUGCUAGAAUGUGAUGUCUUCAUUGGGACAGGUCUUGUCGAUAUGUACUGUAAAUUGGGUAACUUAGAUAGUGCGAGAAAGAUAUUUGAUAAAAUGCCAAAGAAGGAUAUUACGUCUUGGAAUGCAAUGAUAGCUGGCUUAUCUCAGAGCUCAGAUUUUUUUCAGGCUCUGGAAAUAUUCCGGAGUAUGCAGAUGGAGGGGUUUGAGCCCGACACAGUGAGCCUCUUGAACCUGGCCCCUGCUGUUUCUAAACUAGCGGAUGUUGAUGCUUGCAAGUCUAUUCAUGCUUAUGUGGUUAGGAGAUCUAUGUCUGGUUCGGUUUCAAACUCAUUGAUUGAUAUGUACUCUAAAUGUGGUGAAGUGAAUGUUGCUCGUCAGAUUUUUGAUCAGAUGUGGGUUCAGGAUGAUGUUUCAUGGGCAACAAUGAUGGCUGGAUAUGUGCACAAUGGUUAUUUCCCUGAGGUUCUUCAAUUGCUAGAUAAAAUGAAGCAAAAAGAUACCAAGAUGAAUAAAGUGGCAAUUGUUAGUGCUCUCUUGGCAGCUGCAGAGAUGAGAGACAUGGAAAAAGGAAAGGAGGUCCAUGACUAUGCUUUACACCAAGGGGUGAUUUCAGAUAUCACUGUUGCUACUCCUAUUGUGAGCAUGUAUGCAAAAUGCGGAGAGUUGAAGAAAGCUAAAACACUGUUUCUGAGUCUACGUGGAAGAGAUUUGGUUGCUUGGUCUUCUUUUUUAUCAGCUGUUGUCCAAGCAGGGUACCCUAGUGAAGCAUUGUGUAUAUUUCGAGAGAUGCAGCAUGAAGGAUUCAAACCAGAUCAUGUGACUCUGACAAGUGUUAUUUCUGCGUGUGCAGAAAUAUCACAUCUCAGAUUUGGUAAGAGCCUACAUUCUUUUGCUGUUAAAGCUGAUAAGGAUUCUGAUAUCUCAACGGCGACAACCCUUAUCUCAAUGUAUACUAGAUGUGAAGCAUUUACCCAUGCUAUGACUUUAUUCAAUAGAAUGGAUUAUAAAGACGUUGUGACAUGGAAUACUUUGAUAAACGGAUUUACCAGAUACGGUGACCCAUGUGAUGCACUACAGAUGUUCCGUAGAUUACAGUUAAGUGGGAUUCAACCAAAUGGAGGAACAAUAGUAGGUUUGGUUUCAGCUUGCACUCUUUUAGUUGACCAAGAUCUAGGCAUGUGUUUCCAUGGGAUAACUAAAAAGAGCGGAUUUGAAUCUGGCACUCAUGUUAGAGUUGCUCUGAUGGACAUGUAUGCCAAAUGUGGUAGCCUUCGGUCUGCUGAGGCCUUAUUUUUCUCAAUCAAGCCUCUGAAGGAUGAGGUAUCUUGGAAUGUGAUGAUUGCAGGCUACCUGCAUAACGGAUGUGCCAAUGAAUCCAUUUCCACUUUCAAUCAGAUGAAAUUAGAAAAUGUCAAACCCAAUUUGAUCACUUUUAUCACCAUCCUUCCGGCUGUCUCAUCUUUGUCAAUGUUAAGAGAAGGCAUGGCUAUUCAUGCUUGCAUAAUCCAAAUGGGAUUUAUGUCCAAUACUCUUGCUGCUAAUAGUAUAAUUGACAUGUACGCUAAAUGUGGGCAACUUAUUUAUUCUGAGAAAUGUUUUCAUGAGAUGGAAAACAAAGAUAUUGUUUCAUGGAAUUCAAUGCUUUCAGGUUACGCAAUACAUGGGCAAGCUGACCGUGCUAUUUCUCUUUUUUCACUUAUGGAAGAGACUUGUGUCCAAGCUGAUUCUGUUUCCUUCAUUAGCGUAUUAUCUGCUUGCAGACAUGCUGGAUUAGUUCAAGAUGGAAUGAACAUUUUCAAAACCAUGACCGAGAAGCACCAUCUUGAACCAAAUAUGGAACUCUAUGCUUGCAUGGUUGAUCUUUUGGGCCGAGCUGGUUUAUUUGAUGAGGUGUUGAGUUUAAUCAAGAAAAUGCCAACAGAACCAACUGCUGAAGUUUGGGGUGCUCUUCUGGGAGCAUGUAAAAUGCAUUCUAAUUUGACGUUAGGAGAGGUUGUUCUCAGGAAACUCCUUAGUCUUGAGCCCAGAAACCCAGUUCAUUUUGUAGUUUUAUCAGAUAUAUAUGCUCAAUGUGGCAGAUGGCCCGAUGCAAGAAUGACAAGAUCAAAUAUAAGUGGCCAUGGCCUAACGAAAAGUCCAGGAUGUAGUUGGUUUGAACUGCAUAAACCUUGUCCGUUCCUUUCUGGCAUGCAAUGAGAUCCACCCACAAGUUGGUUAGGACUGAGGAAGGAUGUAUCUAUUAUAGAACAGCUUAACUAGAAAUAGAGGAAAUAGUUGUGUGCUUGAGUUUUUUUGUGCUGUUAGAUGUGGAUGAAGAGGACAGGGACCUGUUUCAUUAGAGUCGAAGUUUUGCGACGCGUUUUGCGCAACGAGGUCCAUUUAAAGGAAAUAAAGAGGAUGAC